CGUCUGCUGUGAGAGUGGCUGUGUUGAGCUGUCAAUCAAACCGGAAGUAAAAAAAAAGUCUAUGUAAAUACAAACACGGACAUACUGUAUAAAUAAGCAAGUAGCUUUUUCAUCUUGCUGUUUCAAAACAUGGGCGUCUUCUUCUCCAACCUCCUCUGGCGUCUCUCAAGGAAGACAGAAACGAGGUUGCUUAUGGUUGGUCUGGAUGCAGCAGGGAAAACAACAGUCCUCUACAAACUCAAACUUGGUGAAGUUGUCUCAACUAUUCCAACUAUUGGUUUUAACGUGGAGACAGUUGAAUAUAAAAACCUUGCGUUCAAUGUUUGGGAUGUUGGCGGUCAGAAUUUAAUUCGAGGCCUCUGGAGACAUUACUAUCAAAACGCCAAGGGUCUGAUUUUUGUGGUGGACAGCAGUGAUCAUGAUCGGAUUGAUACGGCAGCGGAGGAGCUAAACGCGAUGCUGGCGGAGGACGACCUGAGAGAUGUGGUUCUGUUAGUUUUUGCAAACAAGCAGGAUUUACCCAAAGCAAUGCCGGCCCACGAGCUGACAGAAAGACUGGGUUUACACGCACUGGAAGGAAGACAGUGGUUUGUUCAGCCCACAUGUGCGGUUCAAGGAUCAGGUUUAUAUGAAGGACUGGAUUGGCUCUCGAAUCAACUGUCCAAAUAACCAUAAUGCUGGAACUUUAUUUUUGGGUUUUUGUGGACUGAUACUUGAAAAUAAUACACUACUGUAACUCAAUUUAACUGCCUCCAGGUGUUUAUUACCUCAACGGAAUCUUGGUUUAUUAUAUAUUAUUAAAUUAAAACGGUAUAUUUUAUAUUGUAAGGUUACUUCUGAAAAAAUAAUAUGUUUUAUUGUUCAUUUUUAUUGUUAUAAUUAUGUGGAUUUUGAAAGAAAGCUGAAAUCUGCCUGAAAAAAAUAAAUAUAUGUGCCUUCCAAUUAUCUCCAAUAAAUGAUGUAUAUAUUUUGUCUCAUUUUAAAAAAUAAAUAUUACAGAAUAGAAAUUGCGUAAGAAAUAGAGUAUGUUUUGUCAUAGUAAAUAUAUUAAUGUAAGAUGUAUAUGUAAUGCAUGCAUAAAUAAAGAAAAACAGAAUUGCCUAAUCAGAAUGUAAACGUUCAUAAUGUCAUAAUGUUGUUUUCAUAAUUUUGCAUUAAAAAUUGAUCCAAUAAAUUAUUAAUUUAUACAAAGAAAUGUAGUUUAUGCUUCACUCUCAAUAACUAAUCAUAUUUGCAGAAUGAAUGACAUUUUUGUAAAAUACUGACUAUUCAUUUGUCAUUUAACUAAUGUUUUUAUCAGAACAACCAAGACAAUCUGAUGCCAUGCUCAAGAAAGUAUAACAUAUAUGUAUAUAGUAGCCAUAUAUGACAAGAGUUAUAUUAUAAAAGACAAUACAUGUAAUUGUACUGUAAAA